AACUGUCCGGCCUUUAGCUUUUCAUCCUUGAUUAAGGAAAUGACCAACCAGUACAGUAUUCUCUUCAAGCAAGAACAAGGCUCUAAUGCAAGUGCUGCAGUGACAGACACACGCCACCACCCGCAGGCCAGGUGGCUAAAACCAAACAAGAACUUCUAGUUUUCCUGUGUAUUCCCACGAGUCCAGCGGUACAGUGAAGAGAUCCAUAGAAGUGGACAUUACUUCUGAGUUGUCAGCUUGUAUUUCAGCUGUGCUUUAUCACGUUGAAUUUGGGAAUUAUGUGCAUAGAAACUUUAAAUGAAGCCCUUUCCAUUCUAGCCCACGAUGAUGCCAUAUGGUCAGUUGCCUGGGAGACAAACAAAAAGGAAAACAUUGAAACAGUGGUCACAGGAUCCCUGGAUGACCUGGUGAAGGUCUGGAAAUGGCGUGACGAGAGGCUGGAGCUCCAGUGGAGCCUGGAGGGCCAUCAGCUCGGGGUGGUGUCUGUGGACAUCAGCCACACCCUUCCUAUUGCUGCGUCCAGCUCUCUAGACGCUCAUAUUCGCCUCUGGGACUUGGAAAAUGGCAAGCAGAUGAAGUCUAUAGAUGCAGGACCGGUGGAUGCCUGGACUUUGGCAUUUUCUCCGGACUCCCAGUAUCUGGCCACAGGAACUCACAUGGGGAAAGUGAACAUUUUUGGUGUGGAAAGUGGAAAAAAGGAAUAUUCUUUGGACACUAGAGGAAAAUUCAUCCUUAGUAUUGCAUAUAGUCCUGAUGGAAAAUACCUGGCCAGUGGAGCCAUAGAUGGAAUCAUCAAUAUUUUUGAUAUUGCAACUGGAAAACUUCUGCAUACACUGGAAGGCCAUGCGAUGCCCAUUCGCUCCUUGACCUUUUCCCCUGACUCCCAGCUUCUCGUCACGGCUUCAGACGAUGGCUACAUCAAGAUCUAUGAUGUGCAACAUGCCAAUUUGGCUGGUACGCUGAGUGGCCAUGCAUCCUGGGUGUUGAAUGUUGCUUUCUGUCCUGAUGACACUCACUUUGUCUCCAGUUCAUCUGACAAAAGUGUAAAGGUUUGGGAUGUUGGAACAAGGACCUGUAUUCACACCUUCUUUGAUCACCAGGAUCAGGUUUGGGGAGUAAAAUAUAACGGAAAUGGAUCAAAAAUUGUAUCUGUUGGAGAUGACCAAGAGAUUCAUGUCUAUGAUUGCCCAAUUUAAACACCAGCCUCUUGAGGGCCAUUGCCUCAGACUACGCAGGGUUGAUCAUGACAUGCCUCAGCUUUUUUGGCAUACUUAAAGUACAGCAUAUAUUGUAGAAAUUUUGUAGAUACAGUAUACAUUUUUCUUGUUUUAUUGGAAAUGUUCCUCAUAUUUUAAUGUAAAUAAAGCAUUCUUAAUGCAACCAGC